GCUGCGAGCGCCGAGAGGCGCAGGACAUGCUAGAGGGCGCCGCGCCACCGGCACCAUGCGCCCCCCGGCCGCGCGGGUCCUAGCCGCGCUCUGCCUGCUGGCGCUGCCCGCCACCGCCGCCGCUGCCGCCUACUUCGGCCUGACUGGACGCGAGAUUCUCACGCCCUUCCCAGGCCUGGGCACUGCCGCAGCCCCGGUCCAAGGGGGUGCCCACCUGGAGCAGUGUGACCUGCUGAAGCUGUCACGCCGGCAAAAGCAGCUGUGCCGUCGCGAGCCUGGCCUGGCCGAGACCCUGCAGGAUGCUGCACGCCUCGGCCUGCUUGAGUGCCAGUUCCAGUUCCGGCAAGAGCGCUGGAACUGCAGCCUGGAAGGAAGAACCGGCCUGCUCAAGAGAGGCUUCAAGGAGACGGCCUUCCUAUACGCGGUGUCCUCGGCUGCCCUCACACACACGCUGGCUCGGGCCUGCAGCGCGGGGCGCAUGGAGCGCUGCACCUGUGACGACUCCCCAGGGCUACAGAGCCGGCAGGCCUGGCAGUGGGGCGUGUGUGGCGACAAUCUCAAGUACAGCACCAAGUUCCUGAGCAACUUCCUGGGUCCCAAGAGAGGCAGCAAGGACCUGCGGGCACGGGCAGAUGCCCACAAUACCCAAGUGGGUAUUAAGGCUGUGAAGAGUGGGCUCAGGACCACGUGCAAGUGCCACGGUGUGUCAGGGUCCUGUGCUGUACGCACCUGCUGGAAGCAGCUCGCCCCAUUCCGUGAGACAGGCCAACUGCUGAAGCUGCGCUAUGACUCGGCCGUCAAGGUGUCCAGCGCCACCAAUGAAGCCUUGGGCCGCCUAGAGCUGUGGACACCCGCCAAGCUAGGCAGCUCCACCAAGGGCCUGGCACCCCGGCCCGUGGACCUUGUCUACAUGGAAGACUCGCCCAGCUUCUGCCGACCCAGCAAGUACUCACCUGGCACAGCGGGCAGGGUGUGCUCCCGGGAGACCAGCUGCAGUAGCCUGUGCUGUGGGCGGGGCUAUGACACCCAGAGUCGCCUGGUAGCUUUCUCCUGCCACUGCCAGGUGCAGUGGUGCUGCUACGUGGAGUGCCAGCAGUGUGUGCAGGAGGAACUGGUGUACACCUGUAAACAUUAG